AUGGACAAGCCUGGCAACAAAGGAAAAUGCACUACCACGAAGAAGGAACCCACAGAGGAGGAUAAGUCUAAAGGCUCUAAGUCACACAAGCGAAAUUCUAAAAAAGGAGAUUCUUUCAAUCCCAAGAAGCUUAAGAAAAUGGCAAGAAGACCCAAGAGUCUAACUCCUCCUGGCUCAGAAAUUGAGAAGUAUGUUGAAGAAGAGGAGGGUAAUCAUGAAUCACCGAGAGGUAAAACACCUCCCAGAUCCCCAACUCCAAUCGAACCUAUUCAUGACAACAUUCCUACUCCACCUCCAUCACCGAAACAAACUCUUCCGGUUUCGGUUCCUAUUGAUCCUUCAUCCACUACUUCACAACCAACGACUUCUUUACCACCACCUCCACCAGUUACUACUAUUCCAAUUUCUACAUCUCCAUUACCACCUCCUAUAAUUUCACAAUCAACUACCACUACUAUUCCUGACCCAACAGUGGGAGUCAACGUAUCUGAUACGGGGGCAACUACUACAACUAAAACUCCAGUCCCCACUAAACCUCUUUCACCUACCAACUCAACCGAUUCCAGUGCCACUCUCGGUGGAGAGAAUGAUGAGUAUGACUCUACAUACUUCAGUCCACAUCGGCUUCCAUCUGAUGAAGACAAUGAUGCUCCUCUCAACAGCCAACAUUUACAGAGCAUUCAUGAAAAGUUGGAUCGUUUGCUUGAAGACAUCAAGGCUUAUAGUGGUGUGGUUCUUAAAGCUUUCGUGGAGACUGCCAUAGAACAAUACACAACGUCAAUUGAGAAAUCUACUAAAGCUAUUGAUGAGUCUACUUCUUCUUGUAAAAAGGCAACUAAUGAUGUUACUGAGAUUGUUCAUACAACUCAGAUUUUUCUUCAAUCAUUGAAAAGUCAUGAUGAUACAAGUGCAACUAAAGUACAAGCUUCUGUGGAUUCAUUUUCUAAGUCCCUUCAGGAAGAAAGCACCAAGUUUGAAGUUGUGCGUUCAUCUAUCCAAACCGAGAACACUUCCUUUUUAAUUUUAGUGAAUUCUUGUUUUGCCUCUCUUCACGCUGACCUGGAAACCGAAAGUGCUCUGAAGGCAGAUCUUGCCAAACAAGCAUCUACUAUUGAAGUCCAGAAGGUGCAGCUAGCCCAAGCAGAAAAAGAAAUUUCUUUAUUAAAGACAGAACGGGUUGUAUUUCGAAGCUAUGCAGGAGAUGUAAAGGACAUGUUGACCAAUCUCCUUGGUGCUCAUGAUCCCAUUCUCACUCUCACCAUCAAAAAUCAUCUUACCACCAAAUUGCUUCCUGCCCUUGCAAUGCUCCAUGAAAUGAAGGGUGUUUCUGAGAGGUCCAUCCCUCCGAAACAAGGGGGAGAAGGUGCUCGUGUUGAUCAACCGAAAGUGACUGUGAAAACAGAAACAGAAACUAUAAACCCAGAAGUCAAAGUCACAACCGAACUGAAGGAUAAUGUAGCUUCAGGUUCUGGUCCACAUGAAAAGCAAAAGGAGACCGCUGAUGAUAGUGAAAGUCAUGUGGAAGAAACAAUUGUUGAGGCUCUCUAG